AUGGAGGCAUCCACCAAUGGGUCCAGCUUUGGGAUCGACUCUUUACUUUCCCACAGACCUGGAAGUCCGGUCAUGUCGAAAGGGGACAGUUUGGUGGGAGAGUGCCGGUCACCGUUGGAGUUCAGCCCGAGGUCAGACCUAGAGAGCGGCUGCUCCUCUCCCCGGUCGCCGAGGAGGGAGUGUGUGGAUGAGGCAUCGCAGAGGCAAGUUCACGCUAUCGGGCUGCCGCUUCAUCUCCAACAAGGACAGAUCUCCGCCGGGUCACAGCCGCGGACCGUCACCUCCUCCUUUCUGAUCAGAGAUAUUCUAGCUGACUGCAAACCGCUGGCCGCCUGCGCCCCAUACUCCAGUAAUGGCCUGCCAACUCAAGAAACGGGGCGACUUGCCUCCAAGCUCGCAGAGGACUUCAUGGACAAAAUCCAUAGCAACUCGUCGUCAGACAGCGAAUACAGAGUGAAAGAGGAAGGAGGCCGAGAGAUCUCGAGUAGUAGGGACAGUCCGCAUCACAUUCGGCUGAAGAAACCCAGGAAGGCGCGAACAGCCUUCACCGACCACCAGCUGGCCCAGCUCGAGCGCAGCUUCGAACGGCAGAAGUACCUGAGCGUGCAAGACCGAAUGGAGCUGGCCGCUUCCCUCAACCUCACAGACACACAGGUCAAAACCUGGUACCAGAACAGGAGAACAAAGUGGAAGAGGCAGACGGCGGUUGGACUGGAACUGUUAGCGGAGGCUGGAAAUUACUCUGCUCUUCAGAGAAUGUUUCCGUCGCCCUAUUUCUACCCUCAAAGCCUGAUGUCCAACCUGGACCCCGGAGCGGCGCUCUACCUAUACAGAGGACCCUCGGCGCCUCCUCCCGCUCUGCAACGACCUCUCGUUCCGCGGAUUCUUCUCCACGGUCUGCAGGGGGGUAGUGAACCACCCCCACUCCCCCUUCUCUCCGGUGUGCUUCCCCGGCCAACACAGCAGCGGUGA